GCUCUAACGAUCAUCCAGGGAGCAUAUUCGGGAUGAAGCCAAUGUAAGUUGUUCUUUCCCUAUAUCAUUCGUUCCUCAAUUGGAGGAGCAAUUGAGCUGUGUAUGGUGGUUUUAUAUACAUUCUUUUUAUGAUGCUCUCUUCUUUUACAAAUUGGAUUGCUCUUAGCAGUGUGAUUGCUCUAUUUGGACUUGCUGUGGCAGAUGUUGUUGAUAAACAAAAAGCCUGGCUUGUGGAUACUCUCCCGGGUAUUCCUGAGGACUAUAAGCAGAAGAUGUAUUCUGGUCAUUUAGGACCAAGCGAACAGCUAAAUGGUGAUCUUUUCUUCUGGAUGUUUGAGUCAGCAAAUGCUAGUUAUACAAACCGUUCGAUUAUAUGGCUGAAUGGCGGUCCUGGAUGCUCUUCAGAAGAUGGUUCCUUAAUGGAAGUUGGACCUUUACGAAUUGGAGAAAAUAAUACAUUUCAACUAAAUCCUGGACGAUGGGAUGACCUGGGUAAUCUCUUAUUUGUCGAUCAGCCCAAAGGAACCGGAUUUUCAUACUCGCUAGACGAUAAUUUCACGAGUGACAAUGAGAAAAUGGCCGAAGAGUUUUCUGUCUUUUUUGAAAAGUUCCUGACUGAAUUUCCUGAACGAGCCAACGAUACUUGGUAUAUCGCCGGCGAAUCUUACGCAGGCCAGUAUAUUCCAUAUGUAGCCUCCAAGAUUGUGGAAAAGAAAUUGGCUCAUUUGGGCGGUUUGGCUAUUGGGAAUGGAUGGAUACAACCUGUAUCCCAUUACAGUACUUACCUGAACUAUCUGGUAGAAAAGGGGAGAUUAGACUUGUUCUCUGAACAGGGACAAUAUCUUCACCAUUCUUGGGCGGAUUGCAUGUUGGCCAUUGACCAAAUGGAAUCUGGCUCAGGCGACGUUGAAAAGUGCGAAAAUUUCCUAUAUGAUAUAAUGUUUAUGGUUUCAGAUAAGCCUGGAAAAACAUGUAUGAACAUGUAUGAUAUUAGCUUGGAAUCUAGUUAUCCUCUUUGUGGCAUGGACUGGCCCGUGGACCUUGAAAAUUUAACCCCUUACUUAAGCAAGCCAGAGGUAAUGGAAGCGUUGCAUGUAAACACUACAUAUGUAAAAGAGUGGGAAGAGUGUAGCAAUGAUGUCGCAAAUGGCUAUGCUCGUGAAGGAUUAGAUUCAUCUGCGAAUAUCAUUAAAGACUUGACAUCUAAGGUUCCGGUCAUGCUUUUUUACGGAGAAAAUGACUUUCUUUGUAACUACUUGUCAGGUGAAGAUUUGCUAAAAUCUCUUGAAUGGAAUGGCGAAGUAGGUUUCGGGAACGCUUCUUGGUUUCCUUGGUUUAAAACCAUGGACUAUACCGAAAACCCAGCUGGAACUUAUAUUCAGGCUCGAAAUUUGACGUUUGCUCGUAUUGCGAAAGCCAGUCAUAUGGUCCCUUAUGAUCAUCCGAUGGAGAUGAAGGCUUUGAUUUCUGCUUUCUUGGAUAAUGAUAUUCAACGUUUACCUAACAAUCCUUCAGCAAAUCUACCGGAUCCUGGAAACGGACAACACAGUAAAUGGUUAUAUUUAACUUUGCUUCCUGUUGGAUUAACGGUGUUGGGUUUGUCAGGGAUUUAUGCUGGUCGCAAAUUCCAGCUCUUUGGAGUGAAAGACAAAUCUUACGAAGCCUUGCCUUCCAGUCCAUAAACUUCUCUAAUUCAUAAGCCUUCUAAUUGUAGGCACAACUUCAUGAUGAUCUAGCAUACUCUUUGAACUCAUAAUACUACAAUGAGGUAGAAGGAUUUCGCUUGUGAGUAUGCUCUUGUUUUUUUAUGUCUCUACAAGCAUUGUAAACAAAAAUUUGAACCAAUUUACUUUAUUUUACUUUAUUUACUUUAUUUACUUUAUUUUAUUUUAUCUUAAUAAUACUCCUUUCAAUGAAUCUUUUCAUCUCAAUUCUGACUUACC